AUGGCAAGCGAAAACAAUACGGAUAGUCAUAUUUAUGAAACAAAUAUGAAUGUUGUGAAACGCAGAAUUGAAGAAUUCUGGAAUCGUCGUUUCAUGAGUUCCAAUUUAGUCGUUGAUAGUCCAGAAGAUCCCCAAACAUCAAGACAGUCUAAAGCAAAUUCUAGUGGAAAUAUUAACACUGCAACAAAUACAGUUAAACCAAAAAAACCAACCUAUCGUAAACAACUUGAAAGCGAUGAAAUUAUUGCAGAAAAAAUGAAAUUGAUACAGCGAGGAGAUAUUGGAACACUUAUAAGGAAUCAAAAAUCUGGAAAAUAUGGAGAGAAACUAUCAGUUCCAGCCAAAAAAAGUUAUAUACCAAUUGUAAAUGACAAAGCACCAAAAAUACCAGCAUAUUUAUUAGGAAAAAGUUUUCAUAAGAAUCACUUGCAUCGUAACAAAUGCGAUGAAAAAAAGCAACCCAUAGAAGUAUCUUCCAAUGAUAAUGGUGGCCCUAAUAUAGAAAGUAACUUAUCCGAAGAACAUGAUGAAGUCAUUAAAAAAUUAGAAGCUAAUAAUGAACCUUCAAACGACGUUACAAUACCUGAAGUGUCUACUGAUAAAGUAAAAGAAACACUAGAAGAAAAAAUAAUUCAUUUAGAACCCGAAAAAUAUGAAGUAAAAGAACAACUCCUAGAAAUAUCCUCUUUUGAAAGUUCAAAUUUAAAAAGAAAGUCAUCCGAUAAAGAUGAGAAAAUCAUAAAAAAGGCAAAAAUUAGUUCUGAAAUUUUACAUGCGACAACGUCAAAUGACGUUACAUUACCAGAAGUGUCUACUGAUAAAGUAAAAGAAACUCCAGAAGAAAAAAUAACUCAUUUAAAACCCACAAAAUGCGGACCAAAAGAACAACUACAAGAGUUAUCCUCUUCUGAAAGCCCAAAUUUAAAGAGAAAAUCAUCAGAAAAAGAUGAGAAAAUCAUAAAAAAGUCUAAAGUUAGUUCUGAAGUUUCGCCUUCAAAUAUGAAUGACGUGUUGCCUGUCGUGUCCGUUGUCAAAAUUGAUGAAAUACCAAAGAAAGAAAUAGAAGUGACGCAUGAUCCGAACACAAAUGAACUAGAUCAGUAUAACGUGCCUUCGUUUAAGUCCCCUAAAUCUUGGUACACUUCGGACACAAUUAAUGAUUAUCUCAAAUUGAUAGUGAAAAGGUCCAAUGGCGAAGUUCAUGCUGUCGUUACCGACUUUAUACCAGCAUAUCUUCGAGGAGGUUAUCCAGCUGUCAGAAGAUGGAUAAAAAAAGAUAUCCAUACAUUAAAGUUUCUUUUUGUGCCAAUGAAUGUACUUGGCGGACAUUGGAUAUUGACUGUAGUAAACAUACCCGAAAGAACUGUAACGUCAUAUGACAGUCUUAAGUCAUAUGAUGGUCCGUAUCCUAUGGUAUUGAAAGAGUAUCUAACUGACUGGGAGAUGGAUAAAAAAGGAGCAGCUUCUUUGUGGACUUUAAAAAUCGGUGAGACGACUCGUCAAACUAAUGGGUAUGACUGUGGUCCAUUUACGGUUGAGUUAGCCGAAAAAAUGGCUCGUGGAGACACAACUCCUAUAAAUGCGAGUCUUAUGCCUUCUGUAAGAUUAAGACACAGAGAAGAAAUUAUAGCCGGGCAACUAUUUCAAUAAUUUCUCAUGAAAGAUAUUGCUUAAAUGGCUUAUAUAAAGUUCCUAAUUUUUACAUUAA